GCACUAGAUCCAUCGUCAACAGCAAGAGUUCAAUAUCCACACAAAACCCUCUCAAAACUCGAUUUUCCCAUCUUCAACCUCUCGGCCUCAAUCUCCCGCUCUUUACUCUCGUGCAGGGCGAAGGUCGCAACAGCAUUUUUACAUUCAGAAACCCUAUCUCUUCGUUCUACAAUGAACUGCUCGAUUUCUGGAGAGGUUCCUGUGGAGCCUGUAAUUUUAAAGAAAUCUGGACUUCUGUUCGAGAAGCGUUUGAUCGAACGCCACAUCUCGGACUUUGGCAAAUGUCCAAUAACAGGAGAACCUUUGACAAUGGAUGACAUUGUACCAAUUAAAACUGGAAAGAUAGUGAAGCCCCGGCCUGUUCAGGCUGCAAGUCUUCCCGGGAUGUUGGGACGGUUUCAGAUAGAAUGGGAUGGUCUGAUGCUAUCAAACUUUGCAUUGGAGCAACAAUUACACACUGCAAGGCAAGAGUUAAGCCAUGCUCUUUAUCAGCAUGAUGCUGCAUGCCGUGUAAUAGCAAGAUUGAAAAAGGAAAGAGAUGAUGCAAGGGCACUAUUGGCUCAGACUGAAAGUCAGAUACCCAUCGGAGCAGCUACAACAAAUGCAGUGGAUACUCCUGCAUUCAGCAAUGGAAAACGAGCUGCCGAGGAUCAGGUGUUAGAUUCUGUAGUCAAGAAAAGCUGCCCUGGGAUUUCACCAUCGAUAAUUGCAGAACUUACAGAUUGCAAUGCUACCCUUUCACAACAAAGGAAAAAACGACAGAUACCACCAACAUUAGCCCCUGUGAAUGUAUUGGAUAGAUAUACCCAGCUGAACUGUUAUCCUCUUCACAAAACCAACAAGCCAGGCAUACUAUCUCUGGACAUCUGUUACCCAAAGGACAUCAUUGCUACUGGUGGUAUUGACAAUAACGCUGUCGUGUUCAGUAGAUCUUCAGAACAGAUUAUAUCUACAUUAACUGGUCACACGAAAAGGGUUACCAGUGUUAAAUUUGCUGUUGAGGGUGAGAUGGUGGUCACAAGCUCAGCUGAUAAGACUGUACGUGUUUGGCAAGAAUCAGAAAAUGGAAACUACGACUGCAGGCACAUAUUGAAGGAUCACACGUCAGAGGUGCAAGCAGUCACAAUCCACGCAACUAACAAUUACUUUGUAACUGCUUCUCUUGAUAGCACAUGGUGCUUUUAUGAGCUUGCAUCUGGCUUAUGCCUUGCCCAGGUUUCAGAUGCUUCAGACUCUGAGGGCUUUACAUCUGCAGCCUUUCAUCCUGAUGGUCUAAUUCUUGGAACCGGUACAUCAGGGUCUAUUGUAAAGAUUUGGGAUGUGAAGAGUCAGGCAAGUGUUGCACAAUUUGCUGGGCAUGUUGGAACAGUUAACGCAAUCUCAUUCUCGGAAAAUGGUUAUUUCUUAGCAACUGCUGCUCAAGAUGGGGUUAAGCUCUGGGAUUUGCGCAAAUUAAAAAAUUUUAGAAACCUCAAUUCAUAUGGUGACAGCACACCAACCCAAUCAGUGGAAUUUGACCAUAGUGGAAGUUACAUUGCCUUGGGAGGUUCAGAUAUAAGAGUAUAUCAAGUUGCAAGUGUCAAGUCAGAAUGGAGUCACAUCAAGACAUUCCCUGAUUUGUCAGGCAAAGCCACAUGUCUAAAGUUUGGUCCGGAUGCUAAGUACAUUGCAGUAGGAUCAAUGGAUCGAAACCUCAGACUAUUUGGGCUGCCCGAUCAGCCUGAAGAGGACUAAUUCCCCGUUUCGCUCUAGCAUUGUUGAGGCUAAUAGAUGUAUACAUAGCUACUGCUAUACUCGCAGGUACGGUGAAGAGUUUGUGGGUGCUUUGCUUAUCUUUCGGUGUUUGCCCAAAAUGGCCCUGGUUAGGUUAGUGCUCAAAACCUUAAGUGCACCUUGCCCACUCCAAGAGUUAGACAUCUUUUUGUAUUGUAGUAAGUUUUGCAUCACACAGAUGUAACAACCAUUGUUUGUUGGGAAUAGUAAUGCAAGGACAAUGGUGGUAAUUUUACAAAGAUGGUGUACAACAUGAGGUAGUAAGUUAUGAUGAUUUCAUUUUUAAACUAUGAAUUUUGCCUGGACAAUCACAGCACUCCAUUCUCACAUUUUCUUAAACUUGGGAAGGUAUAAAGUGAUUGGCUAUGU